AAAAGUAAACUCUUAAUGGUUAACAUUUGCCUGCCAUUUGUGUCUGAAUCUUCCUAGAGCAGCUUUUGACUGCAACAGCCGUUCAUAAUGCCUAAAAACAUGUCAUUUGAACCUGUGAGACUAGCACUGUGCAUUACACUGCUGCACCUGUCUUCAUCUUUUGCUGUUCUUCCUGUUGUCAAGGACACCGUUGAUGAGGCAGAUUAUGAUGCAGAGGAGUCUGAUUAUGGGCCAGCAGACACAAGCACUGUGCUUGACUGGCUAUAUGAUCUCGUAGGAACUGAGGUGGGAUGUGAUCCAAAUCCUUGUCAGAACAAUGGCGUCUGCGAAGAAAGAAGAGGAAGAUACAAGUGUCACUGCCCUGAACCCUUUUCAGGAAGGAACUGCCAUAAAGUAAAUGCUGCGUGCAAAAAGGCUAAAUGUGGAAAAGGAGAAUGUGUUAUCACUUCAACUCCACCGUAUUACCAUUGUAAAUGCAGAUACCCUUUUCAGCCUCCACACUGCAAAAAACCUGUAGCAGUGUGUCAACCAAACCCCUGUCAAAAUGGAGGAAGGUGCAGCAAGGAUAAAAAAAACACAUUUUCAUGCGCCUGUCAGUCGCCAUUCAGGGGGGAGUUUUGUGAAAUCAGGAUGGAUGACUGUUACGAGAACAAUGGAGAAACAUACAGUGGCAAAGUUAAUCAUGCAGAGGAUGGUUCUCCAUGCCUUCACUGGAACUCGUACCUAGUUUAUAAAGGAGAUUUUAAUACGUUUCGUGGUAUUGAAGAAAGUCAGGGAUCCCACAGAUAUUGCAGGAAUCCAGAUUCUGAAAUUAAACCAUGGUGCUUUGUAAAAAUUAACAAAAAGAAAGUGACAUGGAAAUAUUGUGACAUCAGACAGUGUGAACCAUCUCCAUCUAAACCUGCAGUACGCCCAGAUCCAGUUCCAGAGCCUCCAAAAGCGCCCUCAGAGGAACUUCCCACAGAUCCACCGAAGGGACCAGCCGCUGUAGCCCCCUCGGAGAUGUUUGCUACCUGUGGCAUUGGAGAGCCCAAGGCAGCUUGGUCCAGGAUCUAUGGUGGAAUAAAGGCCAUUCCUAGAUCACACCCAUGGCAGGCAUCCAUUCAAAGCAAGCAUCCAAACAAUAUCGCUCGUCACUAUUGUGGGGGGAUCUUAAUCAAGUCGUGCUGGGUUUUAACUGCAGCGCACUGUGUGGUAGGAAUUGGAUCCCGAGUGCAAGUUGUACUGGGGGGUCAAGAUUUACAAAAAAAGGAGCCUGAAGAUCAGACCUUUGACGUUGAAAAGUCAAUCGUUCAUGGAAACUACACUGAUAUAGGGGAGGCCGUGUAUAAUGAUAUUGCUUUGCUUAAACUGAAGCCAGUUGGUGGUCAGUGUGCCAAGGAGACGAGGUAUGUGAAGACUGCCUGCUUACCGGACUCCCCGUUUGCUGAUGGCACAGAGUGCAGCAUUUCAGGAUGGGGAAAAACAGAAAAAGGUGACAUUUCCAACCAGCUGCUGGAUGCUCAAGUGCUACUGAUCUCUCAGGAGCGGUGCAAGGACAGAAACGUCUACGGGAGCUUAUUGGAUAACAGCAUGUUUUGUGCCGGAAACUUAGAGGGAGGACCUGACUCCUGCCAGGGUGACUCCGGUGGACCACUGACCUGCGAGAGAGAUGGGAAGCACUAUGCCUAUGGAAUAGUGAGCUGGGGAGACCAGUGUGGCCUGAAAAAUAAACCUGGAGUUUAUACCAGAGUCACUAAAUUCGUUGACUGGAUCAAUUCAAAAUUGUUGCACCUUAAACGAUACCCGCUGUUGAAAAUGUAUAAAAAAAGGGUAUUCUCACCCUGGGGACUAACACUGUUCAUUGCACUGCUUCCUGUGGUAUCUUCAUCUUUUGAACUUUUAGAUGCAAUCCAGGACUUAACUGACACCCUGUCUGAUAUAUUAAACGAAUAUUCAGAUACAUACCUGUACGGAGAUGACUAUGGUGGAGGAGAUGCUGCUGGCAUUACUGAUGCUAUUGACUGGUUAUAUGACUAUAUAGACACUGAAAAGGGAUGUGAACCCAAUCCCUGUCAGAAUAAUGGAACCUGUGAGCCAAGAGGAGGCACAUACAGGUGUGCCUGCCCUGAACCCUACACAGGACAGAACUGCCAGAAAGUUACUAACUUUUGCAAAUCUGCUAAAUGUGGGAUGGGAGACUGCGUGAUCACUUCAACUGCACCAUAUUAUGAGUGCAAAUGUAGACAUCCUUAUCAGCAACCCAACUGCAGGAAAGUUGCUUCAACGUGUCACCCCAACCCCUGUAGAAAUGGGGGAGCCUGCACCAAGGGCAGGACGAGGUCCACAUUCACGUGCACCUGUCCACAACCCUUCAGGGGGGACUUCUGUGAAGUGGGUAAGGAUGACUGUUAUGAGGGCAAUGGAGAAACAUAUAGAGGCAAUGUUAGUUCUGCAGAGGAUGGGUCGCGCUGCCUGUAUUGGAGCUCGUAUCAAGUUCUUAAAGAGAAUAUCAGUGUCGAAGGUGGUCUUGGGUCUCACAGAUAUUGCAGAAAUCCGGAUUCUGACAUAAAGCCAUGGUGUUUUAUAAAAACGAAAAGAAAUCGGCUGAAAUGGAAAUAUUGUGACGUUACACAGUGCGGACUGUCUUUACCUGCUGCUCCAGGUCCAACAGAGAUGCCUUCAAAGGAACCUUCUGCUAUUGCAGCUGGGAUGUUUGCUACCUGUGGGAUUCCGGAACCCAGGAUAAUUAGAGCAAGAAUCUAUGGGGGAAGAAAAGCCAUUCCGGGGGCACACCCCUGGCAGGCAUCUCUUCAAAUCAUAAGUGAAGCUGAAGACCAGCCAAGUCAUUUGUGCGGGGGAACCUUAAUAAAGGCAUGCUGGGUUUUAACUGCAGCUCACUGCACAGAAGGAAACACUGCGUCCGAGAUGAAAGUUGUACUGGGGGGUCAAGAUAUAGAAAAACAGGAGCGUUAUGAUCAGUCCUUUGAUGUAGAGGAUGUCAUCGAACACGAAAACUACAGAAACACAGAAGAUGCCCUCUAUAACGAUAUCGCUUUGCUUAAACUGAAGCCAGUUGGUGGUCAGUGUGCCAAGGAGACGAGGUAUGUGAAGACUGCCUGCUUACCGGACUCCCCGUUUGCUGAUGGCACAGAGUGCAGCAUUUCAGGAUGGGGAUCGACAGAAACAAGUCACAUUUCCAACAUGCUGCUGGAUUCCAAAGUGUUACUUAUCUCUCAAAAGCGCUGCAAUAAUGACAAAUCAUUCCAGAACAGAUUGGAUAAAAGCAUGUUUUGUGCUGGAAACCUAAAGGGUGGAUCCGACUCCUGCCAGGGUGAUUCGGGUGGACCUUUGACUUGUGUGAAUGAUGGGAAGCAUUUCAUCUACGGAGUUGUAAGCUGGGGAGACCAGUGCGGCCUGAAAAAUAAACCUGGAAUUUAUGCCAGAGUCACUGAAUUCGUUGACUGGAUAAAGUCUAAAAUUAAUUAGCUACUGCAUUCUGUGAUAAAUAUCUGCAUUGCAACAUAAUUAACCUGUGUAGUUUGUUUAUGCCAUAAAAGGGAUAUUGUAUUAGUGUUACAAUGAUUACUGUCCUCUAUAAUGUCUGCGUCUAAAAUGUCUCUUUUGUUAUAAUACAACAUCAUUGUCUGCCUUUCUCUUUUGAUAAGUAAACUAAACGUGAAAAUAAACUCCUGUUAUAUCUGUCA